AUUGAUACUAUUUAUUUAGGUAGAAAAUAUAGCUUUAAAGCAAAAUAUGAAAUGGCGACAAUAAACUCUAUUAAAUCUAAUGACAAUGUGAUGGACUCUAUAGCCAUAUAUAUAGAAAAUAAAAAUCAAAAGCCAAUGAUCAUCAAGACAUACGAUUAUAAAACAUGUGCAGAGAUCAAGCAGUUAUUAAUUUAAAAAUUAAAUGAAAAGCAAUAAGGAUUGAUAUAAUAUGAAGAAAGUUAAUUUAGCACUAGCUAUGCAUCUUAUAAUUUAGUAGUCUAAAUAAAUACUAAAAAGCAUCCAGAACAAGUUCAAAGCCGUAAAGUGAAUCCUUUAGAGAGACCAUUUGAAAUUAAGUAUUUUUUGUAGAAUUCAAAGUUAGAAUUCUAUUUCAUUUUUGAAGACUCAAGUAAUUCAGAAGAAUAAUAUGCGUGUAUGGACACAAAUUCAAAAACAUACAAUUUAUAUGAAAAGUGUAAAUACUUAUACUUAAUUUAUUAAACCAUUUAAUCAUCUAUUUUUUUAGAGAAAUAUAUUAGGAUGGGAAAUUUAGGGAAGUUAAAAAAGAAUGAAAGUUUUAGUGAAUUUUAAUUGUAUCUGUAUCCAGAUCAUAUAUUGUACAGCCAAGUCAAGAAUAAAAAUCAGAGUGUAAAAAUUAUUUCAUUAGCAAAAGCACAUGUUUAAUAGCUGGCAAGUUAGAGAUACAAAAACUGUUUCUAAAUCAUAGAAUCUAAAAUAUUUACAUUCAGAGCUAACUCAAAGCUUGAUUUACAAGGAUGGUUAAUAGAAAUAUUUAAGUGCAUAUCAAAUCUUUAAGACAAGAAAUUACUUGAUUAAUGCGAGGAAGAAAUAGAAACAGCAGAAAGGCAAUCAUAAAAUUAUUUAGUUCAGGCGAUGGACAAAUCCAACAUGAGGUGCUAUAAAUGUAUAAAGAAAAAAUCUUAUAGGGAUAAAUUCAUAGAAUUUUUAAUGAAGGAAUAAGAGAAAUAUUUUAUCAAUUAAAUUAAAAUUAGUGAAAAAUAUCAAGUUUAUUAAAAUAUAAUCAAAAUGAUAGAUUUUAUAGCUAAGACUCAAUUUAACUUUCCACCUUAUGAUAAUGUAUAAAGCAACAGAAACACAAGUUCACAUUCUAGUCCAGGAAGUGGCAAUAACUUAGAAAAUUCAUUUUAAGGAUCAUAUACCUAAAGAAAGCAUGCAUAGUCCCAAGAUUGCACAAAACUACUGAAAGAUUUUUUUGAAAAUUAGAUUGCAAAUAAUCAGUAUUUCUAGAAUUUUGUAUUUAAGAUUUUAGGAAAAAUGCAUAGACUUUAAUACAGCAAAAUAGCUAGUUAAUUGGUAGAUAAAUAAGAUAAUAUAUUUCCAUCUUAAACUCAGACAGAACAAUUUAAAUAAAGGGAAUCUACCAACAGUCAGUAGCCAAAAUCAACAAGAAUUUCUGUUUUGUCUGAACAAGCUGCUUAGAAUAAUACUUAAAAAGAAAACUCACCUAUUUUUUAAAUGAAUUCUGGUUUUUCUACUCCAGCAUCAAAUAAAUCAAAAACAAAUAAUCAACAACAAACAGAAAAUAAUAAUAACUAUUUUAGUGAAAAUAUUGCUUUCAAAGAACUUUAAACUAAAAAUCCUGCUUUAUACGAAUACUUAAAAAAGAAAUAAAUCGAAAAUGGUAACUUAAGUCAUUCAGAUUCUCCAAAAAAAAAUAUAAUAUAAAAUGAAUAAGAUCAAACGAAUUAGGAUAGUUAAAACUAAUUAGAAGCUCCGCCUCAAUUUUAGCAAUGCUAAUCUCUAAUUUAAUUUAGCAGUUAGUAAUAAUCAUUAUAACAAUAACAAUUUCCUAGUUAAUCUUUGAUAUAAUUUAGCCACUCUAAUCAGCCCUCAAUUUCUCAAAAAGAUUAAAUUUUACCACAAGAUAUGAAUUUCUAACAUAUUAUUUAAUCAAGAAAAACAACAAAUCAGUCAACCACUUCAUCAACAUUUUAUUCUAACAAUAACUAAAAUUUAAAUGAUGAAAUCCUUAAAUAUUUUUAAGAAUAAAACUAAUAAAAAUUUUUAUCAGAUCCAUCAAGAUAAACUUUAAAUCUCGAAGAUAUGACGAUAGAAUCAGAACCCAAGACAAUCAGAGAAAUAUCUGACUCUUAAUAUUUCCAAAAUGCAAUGAAUAACUCUUCCACCAAUUUAAUUCAAAUAGAAUUAUCUCAAUAAGAUUUUAACUAACAAAUUCAAUAAUUUUCUAGCGAGCAAAUGCUCAAUUUAUUACUAGGAUUUAUAGAAAUAGAAGCAUUUACAGCAUUCGUAAAGAAUGGAUAGUAUUACAAGUAAAUAAUAAAAUCUAGAUAAUAAAUUUAUCAAUAAAUGAUGCCUAACUUUGAUUUUUUACCAAAGAUUUUAAAUAGCUAAAGCAAUAGAUUCCCUCAAGACAUAUUUACAAACCAAUUUAAUAGCCCUAUGAAAAAUAGUUAUACGAGUGGAAUAGCUAAAGUUGCAUCUAAAAAAUGA